AUGAUGUGGCAGUCUGCUUCUGCAAAGAUUUCAGCCUUGGAAACUUUAUAUCUCUUUCCUAUCACUUCCAUCAUCAGACUCAUCAAUCACAUGACAUCAGAAAACCAAACUGGUGCAGCAGAAUUCUUCCUCCUGGGUCUCUCAGAAGAUUCAGAACUGCAGCCCUUCCUAUUUGGACUAUUCCUGACCAUGUACCUCGUCACUGUGUUGGGCAAUCUGUUCAUUAUCCUGGCCAUCAGCUCAGACUCCCACCUCCACACACCCAUGUACUUUUUCUUCUCCAACCUGUCCUUCACUGACAUCUGUUUCAGCACCACAACGGUCCCCAAGAUGCUGAUGAACAUCCAGACACAGAGCAAAUCCAUCACUUACACAGGCUGCCUCACCCAGGUUUUCUUCGUCAUGAUAUUUGCAGGCCUGGAAAAUUUUCUCCUUGCAGCAAUGGCCUAUGACCGCUAUGUGGCCAUCUGCCAACCAUUGAGGUACACAGUCAUCAUGAACUCUCACCUCUGUGGCCUGCUGAUUCUACUUUCCUUGUUCAUUAGUUUGGUGGAUGCCCUGCUCCACAGUCUGAUGAUACUACAGCUGUCCUUCUGCACAGACCUGGAAAUCCCCCACUUCUUCUGUGAACUUGUUCAGGUCUUCAAACUUGCCUGUUCCAAUACCCUCAGCAAUAACAUCCUGAUAUAUUUACUAACUAGCAUACUGGGUGGUGUUCCUCUCCUUGGGAUUAUUUUCUCUUACAUUAAAAUUGUCUCUUCCAUUCCGAGAAUACCAUCAGCUGGUGGAAUGUAUAAAGUUUUCUCCACCUGUGGGUCUCACCUAUCGGUGGUUUUCUUAUUCUAUGGGACAGGUUUGGGGGUGUACAUUAGUUCUGCAGUUACUCAUUCUUCCAAGAAGACAGCAGUAGCCUCAGUGAUGUACACUGUGGUCUCUCCAAUGAUGAACCCAUUUAUCUACAGCCUGAGGAACAGGGCCAUGAAGGGUGCCUUGAGGAAACUCCUAUGGAGAACAUCCUUUUCAUGA